AUGCUAAAUGGACAGGCAAAAGACGAUAUUACAACUCGGAUCACGGCAGCUAGAAAUGCGUUCUUCCGGUUAACGAAACCUUUAUGGAAUCGUCGUGAAAUCAUCAUAAAAACGAAAAUCCGCAUCUAUAAUGCAGUGAUCCGUUCGAUCUUACUAUAUGGUUCUGAGACAUGGCCAAUGAGAGUGGAGGAUAUUAAGAAGUUAUCUGCCUUUGACCAUUCUUGUCUAAGGUACGUAUUACGGAUCCGAGCGGAUAAGAUAUCACAAGAUCGCAUCCAUCUUCGUUCAAAUAACACUUGCAUAAAUAAUGUCAUAGAACGCCGCCUUCGCUGGUUAGGGCACAUUCUCCGUCGUCCACCACAGGAUUUGAAGCAUAUUUCGUUAUUUGCUAAACUGUGUGAUGGUUGGCGUCAAAAGCGAGGUGUUCCAAUCAAGACUUGGACUGAUACGGUGAGAAAAGAUUUUGAACGUAUAGGUGGACCAGUAAUAUAUGGACUUAGAUGA